GCAGGACCGCACAUGGACGCAGCAGUCCCCUGCGUGCACGCGCUCCUGCCGCGGGUCUGAUCCGGUUCUGAGUGAAACCAUGAAAGUUUGGGACACUUGGUGCUCCCGGUGGCGGAUCAGGAUCAGGACCGGAGCGGGUCUCUGCGCCUCACACCAGAAGAAGAACUAACAUGGAUUAUUGUCGCCGCGCCUGCUGGGAAAUAUUCAACAGAAUGAAGCUGCUGAUCGGUCACUAUUGAUUAUUGAUCCAGAGUGAUUGAGUCCACGUCCCCCGCGGGUCUGCACGCGCUCACAGCUGCUCGGAAGAGACGCGAUGUUCGGCGGGACGCCGCGCGCCGCGACGCCGCUCAUGGCGCGCUGCGGCCGGCCGCCGCUGCUGCUGCUGCUCGGCCUGCUGCUCCGGACCUGCGCCGCAGUCACCGACGACCGGCUCAUCUCAGACCGGUACGCGGUCUACUGGAACAGCUCCAACCCCAGGUUCUUUCGGGGCGAGUACACGGUGGAGGUGGCCAUCAACGACUACCUGGACAUCUACUGUCCGCACUACGAGUGGGCGGAGGCAGCGGAGCGGAUGGAGCACUACGUUCUCUACAUGGUGAACUACGACGGCUACACCAGCUGCGACCACCACAGGAAGGGCUUCAAGCGCUGGGAGUGCAACCGCCCGCAGAGCCCCAACGGACCGCUCAAGUUCUCCGAGAAGUUCCAGCUGUUCACGCCCUUCAGCCUGGGCUUCGAGUUCAGGCCCGGACACGAGUACUACUACAUCUCGUCUCCUCAUCCUAACCUGGCUGGGAAACCGUGUCUGAAGCUGAAGAUCUACGUCAAACCCACCAACGACUCGGUGUACGAGUCCCCGGAGCCGUUCCUGACAGACGACACCACCGGCGGCUGCAGCCUCGCCCUGCCCCGCCUCUCCCUGCUGUCCGCCAUGAUGCUCGCCCUGCUCCUCCUGCUCCUCCUGGCCUCCUCAUAG